CCCCCGCCGCUGCGCCCGCUCGGGGCCGCUCUGGCCCCCGCCCGCUUCAUGUGGCCCGGCCCGCGACCGCCGGCGGCUGGGAGCGGCGAGGCGGCGGCGGCGGCGAGUGGCGGCCCGCGAGGCCCGGGAGGCGGUGGCCGAGGCCCAGGCGGUGGCGGCGGCGGCCCAGGAGGCGGCGGACGGGGAGCUGCGGGAGCAGGCCCGGCCCGGCUCUCGAGCGGCCGCCCGGCUGCAGCAUGCGCGCCCGCCGGGGGCUGCUGCGGCUGCCGCGCCGCUCGCUGCUCGCCGCGCUCUUCUUCUUUUCUCUCUCGUCCUCGCUGCUCUACUUCGUCUAUGUGGCGCCCGGCAUAGUGAACACCUACCUCUUCAUGAUGCAAGCUCAAGGCAUUCUGAUCCGGGACAACGUGAGAACAAUCGGUGCUCAGGUUUAUGAGCAGGUGCUUCGGAGUGCUUAUGCCAAGAGGAACAGCAGUGUAAAUGACUCAGAUUAUCCUCUUGACUUGAACCACAGUGAAACCUUCCUGCAAACUACAACAUUUCUUCCUGAAGACUUCACCUACUUUGCAAACCAUACCUGCCCUGAAAGGCUCCCUUCCAUGAAGGGCCCAAUAGACAUAAACAUGAGUGAAAUUGGAAUGGAUUACAUUCAUGAACUCUUCUCCAAAGACCCAACCAUCAAGCUCGGAGGUCACUGGAAGCCUUCUGAUUGCAUGCCUCGGUGGAAGGUGGCGAUCCUUAUCCCCUUCCGGAACCGCCACGAGCACCUCCCAGUCCUGUUCAGACACCUGAUUCCCAUGCUCCAGCGCCAGCGCCUACAGUUUGCAUUUUAUGUGGUUGAACAAGUUGGUACCCAACCCUUUAAUCGAGCCAUGCUUUUCAACGUUGGCUUUCAAGAAGCAAUGAAGGACUUGGAUUGGGACUGUUUGAUUUUUCAUGAUGUAGAUCACAUACCGGAAAGUGAUCGCAACUAUUAUGGAUGUGGACAGAUGCCGAGGCAUUUUGCAACCAAAUUGGAUAAGUAUAUGUAUCUGCUUCCUUAUACCGAGUUCUUUGGCGGAGUGAGUGGCUUAACAGUGGAACAAUUUCGGAAAAUCAAUGGCUUUCCUAAUGCUUUCUGGGGUUGGGGUGGAGAAGAUGACGACCUCUGGAACAGAGUACAGAAUGCAGGCUAUUCUGUGAGCCGGCCAGAGGGUGACACAGGAAAGUACAAGUCCAUUCCUCAUCACCAUCGAGGAGAAGUCCAGUUUCUUGGAAGGUAUGCUCUGCUGAGGAAGUCAAAAGAACGGCAAGGGCUGGAUGGCCUCAACAACCUGAACUACUUUGCAAACAUCACAUACGACGCCUUGUAUAAAAACAUAACUGUCAACCUGACACCCGAGCUGGCUCAGGUGAACGAGUACUGAGAGGAGAGAAUGUACGUUUGCUUUACCCACCGCCACCAAGAAAGCAGUCCGAUGAGAUUUUUUUUUGGAGGGGGGAGGGUCUACACAGCAAGAGAACAGAAAUACCGUGUCUCAUGAAGGAUCACAGGGUUCAGGGGGAAAAUGUGACAGCACACGCACAAACGCCUUCACUGGAUCAGCCGCUGGGACUGAGGGAGUGAGCUUGGGGACUUCCUUCGUCAGCACUGGCUUUCUGUUUUCACAAGACAGACGUCUGUCCUGCUGCUCUCUCCCCGUCUCCUACCCCACAUCUUGUCUUAGCCACAGUCUCCAGAACCCGUGAUGAACUGUGAUCUGCCGUGGUCCUGCCGUGGAGCCUGUCCCUACACAUGACCUUGGAGCCUCUUGGCCUUCAGAGCAGAGGCAAACCCACCACAGGGCAGCUGCGUUUUAGGAAGAGCAAAUGAAACUCCACACCAUUCUUCUAUAUCUCUGGUGUUCUCUUUCGUUUCAUUUUUUUAAAAAAUUACCUUCUUUGGGUGGGGAUUGAGGGUGGAGGGGAGGGUGUUUGGGAAAGAUAAAUAGACAUAAAUAUAUAACAAUCACUUCUUGAAGAAGUAUAAUUGUAAAUAAGCCAUGUAAAAUGCCUUUUUAAAAUUUAAUUUUCUAGCUGGCUCCAAUUCAAAUCGAGGAUUUAUAUAUUAGGCCACUUACUUGGUUGGCAAGAGCAGAAACUCAGUUAAAAUGCAGUUGAAGAAUGUCAUCUCCCGAAUUGCUGUCACUUUGGGGAGGGAGUGGAUGUAGGGCAUGUCACAAAAGAACAAAAUAACCCGACCUUUAUUGCUGGGAGCUGGCUUCUGCCCCUUUCUUCCUCCCCCACGAGUCUUGCCCUUGACUUCUGCUCUGGAUUCACUCUUCCCUGUCAGCCAUGCACGUGCUCAUCCCACUCUCCGCUAAGCAGGAGGCUGCUGUUAGAGCAGGCUGCUUCCUGCCCAAAGCAGGCCCUCCGGGGCUCGCUGCACACACAUCUCUGGCUCUCCAGGCUUCGUUUUCUGUCUUUUCAUCAGCAUGGUGGGGCAGGGGGUGGGGGGCGGGGGUGUGUAUGGGAAUCCCUCCCCCUCUUACUUUUUCUCUUGUGGAACUUGGCCACAGUUUCUGAACAAUGUGCCUACAUUACCAGCUGGCUUCAGUGAUUCCUCUGCGUCCCUUUUUGGUCUCUGGAAAGAUUCUUUGUCAACAUUAGUAACUGAUACAUAGAACCAAGGAGCACUCGAAUAGGGAGCCAGGAGCCAGGGAGCUGGUGACACUUGUAUGCUGUGGGGCAGCUGGGAUCCAGGUAAGACCCAAUUGAAGCUUUGAAAUUAGAGUAACAAAGCUCCAGACAAGCAAGAGUCCAGGUGCACUGCUUACACCCCCACCUGCAUUUUGAAGUCAUAUUCUCUUUUGUUUUGUUUUUUAAGACAGGGUCUGGCUCUGUCGCCUAAGCUGGAGUGCAGUGGCACGAUCACAGCUCACUGCAGCCUCCAUCUCCCAGGCUCAAGCCAUUUUCCCACCUCAGCCUCCCGAGUAGCUGGGACUAGAGGUGCACACCACCACAUCUGGCUAAUUUUUUGUAUUUUUGGUAGAGACGGGGUUUCUCCCAUGUUGCCCAGGCUGGUCUCGAACUCCUGGACUCAAGCAAUCCGCCCACCUUGACUUUCCAAAGUGCUGGGAUUAUGGGCGGGUGUGAGCCAUUGCGCCCAGCCUUGAAGUCAUAUUCUAAAUUGUAUUUGAAUUUGUGCCUCUUUGUUUUUCCCCAAACCAAAGCCCUCAAAUUGUAGUCUCUGUCGGCUUCUGCAGAAUUCUGGAAAAUGCCAGUUUUCCUCCCCCCGCCCUUGUUUUCCAUAAAACAUAUUUAUAUAUUGUGAUGAGGAGUACUUUCUGAAGAGUACUUCGUAUUUUUUUUUAAUUGCCUUGUUUGCCUUCAACUUCCUUGAUUUUCAUGGUUUACAUGGGUGUGUGUAGGGGUGUGUGUGUGUGUGUGUGUGUGUGGGUUAGGGCUUUUUUCGUUGCAUGUGAUGGUUCUGUGGACAUAUGAUCCCCACAAACUGUGGGAGUGAUUGGCCAGGCCUUGUUUUUUUUUGUGUUUUUGUUCUUUUGAAGAACAGAGUGGUAUUUAGAAAAUAAAUUGCAUUGCAAAGCUCUUAUCGGCUCAUAUGAGAGAGCAGGCUCCUGCCCUUGAAAAUGCUGGUAAGCUAUAGCGUAUGUUUUUUAAGACUUAAGCAUUUCAUGCUUUAAAAUACCUUCACAAGGGAACAUUACACACAGAAGUUCAUUUGAUUUUCCUUUGUUUUAUGGUGCAUAUAGCAAUAAAGACCCCCCUCCACCCUGCAACCCCUACCCCUACCGGGCCUUUGUCCCUGCCUCCCCUUCUCAUUCUCCUCUCCCCUUUCCUCACUGAAGGCUGUGAGUUGCUUUCAAUGUGACAACACUUUGAUGUCAUUUGGAAGGAUUUGCCAGGACAGACUGAUUCUGAGUCAUGGAUGCCGUGUGUGUAUGCGGCAGUGUUGUAAGGCAAUCUUGUUUGAAGCUCUACGUUACCAUAAUUACCAUCAAGUACACACUGUUGGCAAAAGGCUAACACCUGACUCAAGAAAAUGCUGAUUUGAGAACAAAAGGAAAGGUCUCUUUUCACUGCUUAAAGUGGGGUCACUUUGAUACCCUUGCGGUCAUGUCUGUGUCUGAUGAGUGUGGAAUCUCUGGAUGUGCACUGUCAGUCAUGCGUCCACCAGGCCUCGAAUAUCAUAUGGGAAAUGUCAUAGUUAAAAAUGUACAGCCAGGCCCGUGUGCUGUUAAUAGCGUGAAAUUGUCAUGUUAAAAAAAAAAAAAACAGCAGGAACCAAAUGUGACCUUGUGCAUAUAUUGGUAGCUGAAAAUCUUCAAGGCUACUGAUGGGUGGCCCCUUAAUCUUGUCUUUUAUUGCUGUGUGCAGGGAAAGGUGUCCCCGUUUGUUCAUGCUGUUUUGGGGGGUGGGGGGGUAUUUGCAAGAAUACUCAUUUUGACAUAAUAAGUCCUCUUGUCAGAGAUGCUCUACCACAGACAUUAAUAGCUGAGCAGGAGCCACGUGGAUUGAUUGUAUCCACUCACCAUUGACGAUGGCAUUGAGCGUAGCUAGCUUAUUUCCAUCACUACGUGUUUUUGAGCUUGCUCUUACGUUUUAAGAGGUGCCAGGGGUACAUUUUUGCACUGAAAUCUAAAGAUGUUUUAAAAAACACUUUUCACAAAAAUAGUCCUUUGUCAUUACAUUAUUUACUCAUGUGUUUGUACAUUUUUGUAUGUUAAUUUAUGAAUGAUUUUUUCAGUAAAAAAUACAUAUUCAAGAACCAAA